GAACGAUGCCUCUUAAGGCAGUGAAAAAUUGUGUAAUCCUAAAUUACAAUACGGAGUACCGUUUUAUUAAGUGAUUGCUUAAUAAGAGAGGAUAUCUGAUGUCAACAUGUCUAAAAUUUGAAAGUGUGUCAGGAGGUUGAACUGUUAAAGAAAAAAAACAAAAUCAAAACAAAAAAAAAAAAAGAAAUAUAUAAAAGGAAACUUACACUUUCCAAAAGAUAAAAAAAUAUUAUUACAUAGAAAAUAGAGAUCAUCGGGAUAUACAUAUAUAUUUAUUAAUGAAAUAUAAAGGCUUAACAAAUCGAUGAAGUCAUCGAUUAUUGAUACACGAUAAUCAUAUAAUUUCUUUAUAAUUAAUAUUAGACCGAAACGAUUUGCGUUAAGAAAUAAUAUUAGGAAUGUUUUUGGUAAUGAUGUGACCACGUAUGACGCCGUCUCGAACGUCAUGAUAUUUCUGCGCAUGCGCGUCGAACCUGUUCAUUACAUCUGGCAUCACUGUAGAGUACAGUAGACAUACAUAGGCGUACACCCGUAGAUCGGCGUCCAUUUCGUUUGUAUGAUGGUAGAUCACAAAGAACGGGAUUUUUAUUCUCAAAUGGAUCCGCGAUCAAAGAACGAUGACCCGCCUAAUUCGCGUUUAUUCGUUAUUUGUCACAAGUCUCUCGAGGAAGAUGACAUACGGAAAGCCUUUGAGAAGUUCGGCAAAAUCGAGGAUAUCUGGGUCGUUAAAGAUCGAAAUACUGGCGAGAAUAAAGGGGUUACGUAUAUCAAAUUUUCCAAGACGUCAGAAGCUGCAUUUGCGUUGGAGGAAAUGAAUGGGAAAAUGCUGGGCAUGGUUGGAAGACCUAUCAAAGUGAUGAUCGCUUCAAAUCGUGAUCAAGGAUCUGUGAGAGAAACGAAUGAAGAGGAAAGAUGGGUCAGGUUGUUCUGUGUACUACCAAAGUCAAUGACCGAUAGUGAAUUACAACAAGAAUUUUCUAAGUUCGGUCAAAUAGAAUAUGCGACGGUAGUUAAAGAUCGUAAUACAAAUGAAUCUAAAGGUUUUGGUUAUGUCAAAUUUAAAAAAGUAUCCAGUGCAGCGAAAGCGUUUGAAGAAUGCGAUAGGAAAUAUAAAGCAGUGUUUGCAGAACCAAAGAAACCGAAGCCUGAAAAUAUGGAUUCUAAAUACAAUAAUGGCUCUUCUAUGUCUUACGAUAGUCUUGGUCAUACUUCUGCAAAUUUUGGAAAAAGCAGCAUCAGUCUAGAUAUAGCUACAAAUUAUCCAAAUCCUGAAGGUUAUACUCAAUUACAAGUCAUUGCGCAUCCAGCUUUAAAUCAAGACCAGUUGUGGAAAUUAUUUGAUAUAGUUCCUGGUAUGGAUUAUUGUCAUUUAAAAACGGAUGCAAGAUACAGGAUGCCAAGAGGACAAGCCAUUGUGGUGUAUUCAAAUCCAAACGCAGCAGCAUAUGCUAGGGAAAAAUUUCAUGGUUUUGAAUAUCCUCCAGGUCAUAGAAUGAUAGUUAAACCAGAUACAAGUAAUAUGUCAUCCAAAGGUUCAUCAAAACCUAGCUCUAAUUCAGCUGUACCGGCAAGGACAGAUUUAGCACAUUUAGCUGAAACUAUUGCUCAAGCUACGUCGCUGAUUCAAGCAGCAGGACUAACAGCACCAAGCUUAGAACAGACAAUGUGCAUCAAAUUACCACCUGUGCAACCAAUGGCGAAUGUGGAUGCAGAGGUAGCCAAACGAUGUUUCAUCGUAUGUGGUCCACCCGUACCACCUAUAUAUGCUAUGAAAGAUGCAUUUUGUAGGUUUGGUAAUUUAAUAGAUGUAUAUAUGCUUCCGGGAAAAAAUUGUGGUUACGCCAAAUAUGCCACCAUUGCGAGUGCAGACGAAGCUAUUGAGGUUCUACAUGGGCAAGAAAUAUGUGGUUCUCGUCUUAAAGUAUUGGAGGCAGAGGAACGAAGCGUUGGUGAAGAUCGUAGAAAACGAUUAAGAGUUGAUGAAGACGAACGUUAAGCUUAUUGUGUACUGUACUGACUGGUAUACACAAGCUGGACGCACGCAACGAAAGAGACGAAUUUUAAGACUCACUUGACCACGUUGGGCCUGCAUCCAAGGAAACAACAACUAUCUACUUUAAUAAUUGAUUACGUUCGCAGCUACAUUACUAAAACUUCACUAUUGCUUUACUUUAUCCUUACAUAUCGUUACACAUACAUUUCCCAUUUCUAUUUUCUUAUUUCGACAGGCCUUUGCGAAAAAAAAAAAAAAAAGAAAACAAACAAUUUUGUUCCGAAGCUAUUAAUAAAUUUUAUUGCAUCGAUAUUUUUGCCCAUAUAAAGUGCAGGCAGCAUAGUGUGUAGACGUAAAUAUAUUUCGAUUGUAAA